CUUGUCCAAACAUAUUGCCCUCCUUCCACCGCAAGAUCCAUACCCAUUGACUAAUUUGAUUGUAUAUACCGCUGCCGCAGUUUCCAUACACAUUGUAUUCUCAUAGGCUCCCCUUCUCUGAGCUAGCCGUAAUAACCUACUAUCACUAGCCAUCAAACCGUGCAGACGCAUAGGUUAGUAUAUCUAAGAUGUCGUCACGCUCUACCUCCGUCAUCGUCGCCAGAGCAGUGAGCGGGCACCAUUUGCUCAAGAUCGAUGGGUACUCGCAAACCAAGGUGGUCACCCAUGGUAGAGGCAUCAAAUCCUGCACUUUUAAGGUCGGAGGCCACAGUUGGCUUCUCCAGUAUUACCCCAAUGGCGAGCCCUCGGGUCCUGACACUUACAUAGAUGUCUUCAUUCAGCUUGUCAGUGUAAGCAGGGACAUGCCGGUCAAGCCUGACAAGGGCAUCUCAGCUCAAGGCUCGCUCAGUUUACUGGACAGGGCUGGGAAGCCAGUGCCAUCAUAUACCAGCACCUUCAAUAGAAGUUUCACAACCACUGGGAUCUUGGUCUGGUACACCUCAAGGACGACCCUAGAGAACUCAGGUUAUCUCAAGGACGAUUGCUUCACUCUCAGGUGCGACAUCACCGUCACGGAGCUGCGUGCCGAGAAAACAGAGGAUUGCGAUUUCGCCUAUCUCCUGUGGAAGGAGGGGGCAGAUGUGGCCUUCCAUGUGGGAGGUGAGACAAUCGCCGCCCAUCAAUGGGUGCUGGCUGCCCGGUCUCCGAUCUUGAAGGCAGCAGCCGAAGCAGAGCUCCUUGGCGUGCCAGAAAGGGAGAAGAAGACGCCCACGGCCACCGUAAGGAUUGACGACAUGGAGGCAAAAGUGUUCAAGGCUUUGAUCCACUAUAUAUACAUUGAUGCAUUGCCUGAUGAGAUAGACAAGGGAGAUGAGGCAGCGACAGCAAUGGCGCAUCGAUUACUUGAAGCGGCGGAUAGGUACAAGAUGGAGAGGCUGAAGCUGAUCUGUGAGGACACGCUGUGCAAACGCGUCUCCACGAGCACGGCGAUAACCACGCUGGUGUCAGCGGAGCAGCACCACUGCCAGAGGCUCAAGGCGGCGUGCAUCAACUUCCUACUCUCUCCCAAGAAUAUGGAAGUCGUCUUGGAAAAUGGCGGUUUCAAGCAUUUACAGAGGAGCUGCCCCUCUGUUCUGAUGGACCUCAUAGAAAGGGCAAAAGUGGCCUGAGAGGCUGAGACUGGGAGAAGCAAGGAUACCAUGAUCACGGUCAUGGUGGCCAUUUCUAUUUGUCAAUGCUGUGUUGGUCAAUGUAAGAAGUACUACUGGUGACAAUCAACUAUGCUCCAUACUAAUAAUAUGCUGAUGUACAUUCGUUUAUGUUUGGGAAUUGUAGUUGUAUUUGCUAUACAAUUAUAAUGCUUAUGAUUUCUUUUAAUGUGUUAUAUCAACACUUAGAAGACUGCCAGAUGAAAAGCCUAGCUCUAGCCUCCAUGGUGGCGCCCUCCAGCGCCUCUAGCU